UAUAUACUUGUUAUAUCUCAUAAUUAUUUGUUCAUCACUAAAUAAUUAGAAGAAAGUAAAAGUUUCAAAAUGAAAAAGUGUAGAGACAUUUAUUGAGAAAAAAAAAGCAGACAAAACGUAAAUUUUGGAGUAAUUGAUGAUUAUUUAAAUCGUCGAAAAUGGAGAAGUGAAUCACGUGGAAAGAUGCACAUGGUUUUCAGACUAUGAAUGAAAAUAUCCGGCAGAUUUUCUGCAGAAGCCUUUAGAGGAAACCGGCAGGUCUUCCAAGCCAUAAAGGGAGACCAGAGGGGCUGGACCACAUCUCUACAGAGAGGAGGCAAUCCGUCCGCGUAUUUUAUGAGGCGGGGAAAGGGGUUGUCUCUAAGGGCGGUUACGAGCAGAAAUUUCGCAGAGAUGGAGUUUCUGCAGAAUCACCACACGGUGAACACCUCCGAAUCGCCGUACACCCUUGGCACAGGUUCGGUAGGAAGUAUCGAGGCCACUAUACCUUCUGGUCUCUGUACCGGAUCUUUAGGUGUUCUAACCAGUGAAGACACCUUAACAGAUAAUCAAAACGAAGAAACAUUAGGUGCUCUACAGGGCACUCUUCGUUUACAAGAUUUGCAGAACUCUGCAGAAGAUAUUGGUGGCGAUCAAACUCAACAAAUUCAAAAUUCUGGACAGAAUCAAGUGGUUAGUGAGUUUGGGGCGAGUUUCUGGGUCGAUGAUAUGGCUGGUUUUCCAUUGCCGCCGCUGGAUUUGGAUCCUUUACCACCUGGUCUCUUCAGCCCAUGCUCGGGAACCUAUAAUUGGGGUUGCACCAGAGGAGAAUGCGCGCCAAGAACAAACACGAACGGGGAAGGUGUCGCAGAUGUAUUACUAUCGUUAAAACAUGCGGUAGUUCAUCCUGGAAGUCCUACUGGAGGAUACUACUCAACAGGAGGAUCGAAUCAUCAUUAUUCCCAGGAUUACACGCAAAAUCUUGGUCCACCUGUACCACCCACGCAUUAUACUUCCACACCAGCCAUGUCUGUCAAUGUUUCCAUGAAUAUGACCAUGAACAUGAAUAUGCACUCUGGAUACGAGCAAAGCUAUUCGUCGACAUGGGGCGUGGAACCCCUGUUAAGUCCCGCCCCACAGUAUAAUCCCGUGGAGCAGCAAGCAAGGGUGAAUCAACCCCCGGCCAAUAGCCUGAUCGGCACCAGUACUCAUCCUCAUUCUCAUCCUCCAGCGCACAGCCAUUCCAGAUUGCAAUUGUCCAGUGAGCAUGCUCUGUGCAUAGGCGCCACCGGAAAUCCAGUCACAUCCGACGAUAAUGGCAGACCUAACCUUUGCAGAAUUUGCGGCAAAUCGUACGCGAGACCGAGCACCCUUAAGACGCAUCUUAGAACGCACUCUGGAGAAAAACCAUUUAGAUGUCACGCGUGUUCAAAGGCAUUCAGUCAAGCCGCGAAUUUGACUGCUCACGCAAGAACUCAUUCCGGAGAAAAACCAUUUCGAUGUCCAGUGUGCGAUCGAAGAUUUUCGCAAAGCAGUUCCGUAACCACACAUAUGAGAACGCAUUCAGGAGAACGUCCAUAUAGAUGUCGAUUCUGCAAAAAAGCAUUUUCAGAUAGCUCUACAUUAACCAAACAUCUUCGUAUUCAUUCUGGUGAGAAACCGUAUCAAUGUAAGCUGUGCUUGCUGAGGUUUAGCCAAAGCGGUAAUCUCAACAGGCAUAUGAGAGUCCAUGGCGGUUCUCUAACGUGACACAACUCAAUAUCGAUUAUCGAUAGCAAUCGCGUUCUAUUGCGAUGUUGUCGAAUACCUGUGAUUCAACUUGGUUCGAGCUUACCGGCAAAAAUGUAAAAUAAAAUAAUAUAGUCGAUACUUUAAGAGUUCUGCUUCCUGACUGACUCAAAUUUGCAAAGCGUUCGUACGAACACUUGAUUAUUUAAGGGCUUAUAUUUGGAUAUUUUUUUAAACGAUAUACAAGACAAGUAAUAAUCACAAUAUGUGUUAUAUUUGGCAUUAGGAACUCGUCAAGAAUUCAUUUUAUAUAUAUGUAUAUCAUCAUCAUCGUUGUCGUCAUCAUUAUCUUUUGAAUUGAAAUCGAAAAAAAUAAAAAACAAAAUGCGUUGGCACCGUUAUAAUUUUAGAAAAUAUUCACUUCUGAAAUUUCCUAGUUGUUUGUUCGUUUAUAUUUAUGAAUUGCUUACAAAAAGGUCAGGAUAGGUUAACAGGGAAUCGCAGAUUUAGACCUACAGCAUCCACCACAGCACCGUUGAUUAUUGUACAAAUAUUGUAUUUAUUAUAAUUAUUAUUAAUUAUAAUAUUAAUGUUGCUGUUUUCACCAUCUUCAAUUCUCAUUACGUGGCUUUUUCUUUAUCAAUUUGCUUCUUUUUGUAAUUGUAAAAUAAAGAUGUUUUGGCGCCAUUUUCAUCAAGAAAAAAAGAAAAGAAGAACGACCUCUCUUAUAUAUAAUAAAUAUAUAUAUUAUAUAUAAAAUAUAUAUAUAAUAUAUAUAAUAUUCGUAUGAGAACAACUAAUUAAAAAGGAUGAAUGAAUAUGUGAGUUUUUUUUUGUUUGUAAUCCCACAGCAUCAGGACCCACAUAUCUUAUAGAAAGAGGGGAGAAAAGGAGGUUUCAUGUUCGCCGGCUGAUAAUUAGAGCGUAGAUACUGAUUCAUGAAUCCUCGCAUUAAUUUACCUCUCUUCACAAUUAAAACUAUAUAAAAACAACUUUCUCUCUUUUUCAUUUAGAGUAAUGUUCCUAUUCAUUCGUCAAAAUUCUCUCAUUCACUCUUUCUAUCUUUAUAUAUAUAUAUAUAUAUUAUAUAUAUUAUAUAUAUAUAUAUAAUGAUGUAUUUAUAAGUAAUAAUAUUCUUGAAAAAAAAAAAAAAAGAAAGAAAACGUAUGUAUGCUUAAUGUUUCUACGUUAUGUACCGAUACGAUUUGUCACAACGCAAGUUGAUCCUCAAAUAUCUAUAUUGGAGUCUUCUAAAUAAGCAUGCAGCUUUCUGGACCAUCUUGUCAUGCGACGAAUGUAUCAUAUGUGUGUGUACGUAGCGUAUUUCUAUUUAAAACUGUAUAAUGUUAUCUCUGUCACACUGUAUAUGUCUCUCUGUGAUGCUUAUGUUUUCAUUUCUUCUCUCUCUUUCUCUCUCUCUCUUAUUCGCUCGGUCGCUCGUUCGCUCACUCUCAUUCCUACAUCGUCUCAUAUUUAUCGAUCAAAUGUUGUUCGGUAAUCUGAUCUCUAUAACAGUUGGAAUGGUUUGUUAUUCGCUUGUGAAAGCUCUGAAGCAAAAGCUUGUGUAAGGUGCAUAUUUAUCCCAGAAGCAACGAUGAAUAAUACCAAACAACUCAGUCUAUUUUUAGUAUCUUCUUUGAUGACUUUAAAUAACAUUAAAAAAAAAGAAAAAAAAAAAAAAAAA